GUCUGUCUGGAAAGGAUCGGUAACGGCGGGAAGAAAGUAUCUGCACCAAUCAGUGAUGCCAAAGCCUUUCCGCCGCUGACGUUGCUUUGGAAGUACCCAUUUUAAUGCCAUUUUUGGAUUAUUGGAUUUCUUUGACUCCAUGGAGUACUGGUUGCGCUACACUACUAUUGCCUCUUGUUACUGGUGGUUUUGCGUCAUUCACUGUUCACGUGCGCUGUCCCGCUGCAAGCUCCAAGGACCCGAGAUCGAAUCCUGAGACACAGAUCGCUCAUUACGCAUAUCGCCCAGCUACCCCGCAUGUCUUGUCCGCUGUUGACUCCUAUUCCCUCUAUCUGUCUCUCCCGGGCUAAUAUGUGUAGGACUUGCCUGAAAAAAGUAGUAACUAAAUUAGAAGCAGCAAUCUGCAAUCGGUAUUUCCGCUUGCUACCCAGCCAUGGAUGCAAGGUUUCAGCGGUUUGUUCGAGCUUGCCUGCG